UAUUCAUAAACCCUGUAGGACAGAGAGAAAGAGAGACCUACCAAAAUCCAUAAUUAAUAUCCUGUUUGGGAAAGGGUCAUAACUCAUGUUUCAACUAUUUAAUUAGAAUGUUAACCUACUUAGAGAUCGAAGAUAGAAGUGAAAAGCACGACAUAUUAAUGAUUUGUUAAUGACCUUUUUGUCAAUAGCAUUGCGUUGUGUUUAUCAGAGAAAUUGAAUAGAAUUUAAUAGGUGACAUUUCCAGUCGCCUUAUAUUUCAAGAAAUUUGGAAUGAAGAUUGCUUGUUUUUUUGAGGGGAGGAAGAAAAAUUUAUGACUAUGUUUGCAAUGCAUCAAACGGACAACGAAGCUAAUCUUGUGCUUACAGGUUAUCUUUCCACACAAGAUUACAAAAUAAUAAAGAAAAUCGGAGAAGGCACGUUUUCCGAAGUAACGAGGGUGCAAAACCUCAAGGAUGGCAAACACUAUGCGUGUAAAACAAUGAAGCAGACCAUUAACAGCCUGGAACAGGCACACAACCUUCGUGAGGUCCAAGCAAUGAAAAGACUGCGUUUACAUCCUAAUAUACUACAACUUUAUGAAGUAAUAUUUGACCAAGACACAAGAACUGUGUCUUUGAUAUGUGAACUUAUGGACAUGAAUAUCUACGAGCUGAUUAGAGGAAGGCAGCACCCUUUAUCUGAAAGCAAGGUCAAAAACUAUAUGUAUCAGCUUUGUAAAGCUCUGGAUCAUAUGCAUAGCAGUGGGAUUUUCCACAGAGAUGUGAAACCAGAGAAUAUUUUAAUCAAACAUGACAUCCUGAAACUCGCAGACUUUGGCUCCUCUAGGAGUGUGUAUUGCAAGCCUCCUCACACAGAAUACAUCUCCACACGGUGGUACAGAGCUCCAGAGUGUCUGCUUACAGAUGGCUACUACUCACUCAAAAUGGAUAUGUGGAGUUCAGGCUGUGUGUUUUUUGAAAUUCUCAGUUUGAGUCCUCUGUUUCCAGGGACUAAUGAAGUGGAUCAGUUGUCCAAGAUUCAUGAUGUUUUGGGUACACCAGACAGCACAGUUCUUCAAAAGUUCAAACAGUCUCGGGUGAUGCCUUUUGAUUUCUUGCAUCGGAAAGGCUGCGGGCUGUCUCAACUGAUUCCUCACUGCUCAGCUCCUAGCCUCUCUUUGCUCUAUCAGAUGCUGGCAUAUGAUCCAGAUGAACGCAUAAGUCCACGUGCAGCACUGCAGCACAUCUGUUUCAGAGAGCUACGACUAGCAGAAAGGAAAGCUCUAGGCCUUCACAGGACUAUUGGGGUUGUGGAGGAUAGCAGCAGCAUGACUCCCGGAUCAGUAGACCAACUGUGGCACAAUUCUCGACAGGGAAGACGGCAGCAGCAGGUGAAGCAUGUAGCCAAACCACACAGCAGACAAGUUUUGCCUCGUUAUCCUAUGGAGCUCCCAAAGCUAAAUGUGGCAGUGCCUACUCCUAAAGUGCCCUACCCUGUGUCCAGUCUGCCUGCUUUAUCCAUACCACACCAGAGGUUGCUGCCUGCCAUCACAUCGAAAAAGUACCAUUUUCGCUCAAUAAAGCCCGGGGAAGAGCCACACCGCUCAACUUUAAGGAGCUACUACAUGCCUCCGCUGGAAAGAAAAGGUGGAGGCUACUGAAGUCCAGCCCAUAAAUAAAGGAGUCACCCUGCCCAGAAUGUGCAGCAGUGCGAAAAAAAUUCAAAAAGUAUAUGAUUCUUAAAUUUUGGAAAGUAAAGAAUGUUAUUCUCUGAAGAAACACAUUCUAUUAGGUGAUAUCAUAUGGUGAUAUCAUAUGGCCAAGUUGAAGCACGUAUGUAUCACUAUGUAAGUGGAGAGAGACAAAAUGCAGUCCAGAGUCACCCUGCCCAGAUAGGGCCUGUGCUUUUGUGUGUUUCACCACAAAGCAUGCUUGGGUCGAUUUUCUAGUGUUUACCAAAUAGUCAGUGGGUAACUUUUAUUUAUUUCAUAGUUCAGUCUACAUAAACACAGAUUCUAAAUAGUAGUGCAUUUCCUACCAACACAAUGUAUUUGGCCCAUUAAUUACUUCUCCUAAUGGAUAUCAGGGCUGCCAGCCUCAUAUAUAAAUGUGAACAAAAUUUGUUGUUCAUCAGUUGCUAAAUCCAUUGUUGGUGGUGUAUUAAUACACCAACAUCAAUUUUCAUAAUUUGGUUGCUAUAUAGGCAACACAGUGGCUUAGCAGUUAGCACUAUCACCUUGCACCUCCAGGUUCCGGGAUGCCUGUCUCGGGUCUCUGCUCAUGAAGUUUUUAUGUUCUCCCCAUGCUUUAUGGGUUUCAUCUGGGUACUCCAGUUUGCUCACACAGUCCAAAGACAUGCAGAUUAGGCUAACUGGCAUUUCCAAGUUGUUUUCUAGCAUGUGAAUAAACAUAAGUGUGUGUGCCCUGCGAUGGACUGACACCCUCUGUACCCUGCCUCAUGCCCCAGUGCGCAGUGCUCAUGUUCCUGCGAUAGGCUCCAGGCCCCCCCGCAACCCUGAGUAAGUGAUUGAGGUUGCUAUAUAAACCCCUAAUAAUCAUGAGCCAGGGCCAUUAAUUAUAAAUGAGUUAGCUGAAAUUAGCCUUUUUUUGGUUAUUAAAUUAGUAUCAUGCAAAAUUAGAGGACACAAACAUUCAUAAAACAAGCCUUUAUGUUUAGGCCUUAUUUUAUACAGAGUUAAUCUUUUACAUGCCAUGCCAGGUAAUUUCAUGAUAGUGCAUCAAAUAAAUCUAUCACUGUGAUCUUAAUCAGUUUUGGGGGAACGAAUAAAAGGCUUAUGAACUUUGAUUAUAUGCAAUUUUACACGAGUUUUUAAUUAGCUGAAUAAUUGAAAUAGGUGUGUAUUUGCGUAUUUGUAUAUAGGAUUAAGGAAAGGUGUUGUGUGCACUGGUAACAAACAGUACCUAUGUAAAGUUGCACCUGGUCAAAAAUAUUUUAAAACCAUGUAAAUGUGUGCUUUGUUUGUACACAUAAAAUAAACAUACAUUUGUGCUCACUUAGUUUUUGCUCUUUUAUUUCUCAAGACUUUUUUUUCUCACCACUUCCCAGUUGUUCAAAUGGCUUCAAAUUAGGUUUG